CAAUUUUCACCUCCUUCUCGGCCAUCUUUGGCCAUCAAUCGGCCACCUCUGGCCAGGCGGCAUCUUGCAGGCUGCUGGACGUGCCUGUUCAACUACCAUGUUUGAUCUCUCCGGGUGGUUUCCUUCAAGUUGGGAUGGCCUUGCGAAUGCGGACGAGGGGUUUGCGUUUGCGGGUCAGUUUGACGAGAUCGACGUUGCUGUCGAAUCGAUGAUUAAGAGCGGGAAACCUGUUCUUCGAAAAGACCAUGUUCCUUCGUCCACAUCACUUGCGACCUCUGCCUCUCCAAGUGGACCAAAAACAGCCGGGAAUCCCGGAGUCCAAACCGCGGCUACGACCCCGAUUCCCGGAUCUACAACUGCGUUGCACUCCCUUCUGUACCAACGGCGAGCCUCGUCGUCUCUGGCUCCUCCCGGUGCCUGUGCUUCUUCGUUAGGAGCGUCCCUGGGCUCUCAACUGGGUGCCCUUUCGGCAGCUGCGUUGCCUUCUUCCACCACGGCAGCUGCCGCCUGCACCCCCACAUUCGGCAGUAGCCUCUCCACCUCCGCUUCCCGCCCGUCCGUCCUCGCAACUGCCGCCGGGGCCCAUUCGCCUGCCUUCUCCUUGUUCACGCCGCCACCGUCCCUCAGCGGAACAGCCUCGGCAGGACCGGGGCUCGGCGACCUCUCGGCACUUGAGGGCAUACCUGUCCCGUCCAAGCGCCGGCCCUCCACCAUUGCCCCCAUUGGCACGCGACCGGCUCGUCGGGAGCCUCCCGAGGAAGAACCCGCGGAGUCAGCGAGACUGGAGUUGCCUGGCUCUCCGGGCUCAGUGAGUUCUGUGGAAGCGCCGCCCUUUUCCCUGGACCAAUAGACGUGCACACGUGUGUGACGACUAUGCGUUAUGUUCAGUUUGUUUCGCCGAAAAUUGCAUCUGACGGCGUGCCCGUUGCUCUGGCCGCGCCGUCCACCGCCGACCCAUCGAUUUCGACUUUUUAUUUAGUCCCACCAUGCUCCACCUUCUUCCACUCAUCCAUCAUCCUACAUGCCGCUUCUCCGGACUAGUCUAGCGACGCUUAGUCGCAGUAAUGAAACUCAUGGACUAAACUUUGCGGGCUGGUGCACGUGAUAUUAGAAUGAAACUUUAAUGUGUGACGAGGUGAAGCGGGCAAUGGGUGGCCUCUGAGUGGCCGGUGCUAAUAUUUAUUGAGUCGCAUCUAGUGGUAAAGUGGCGUAGUAAAUCGCUGGAAUUGUCGCUGUUGGCGUCGAUUGAGCUUUGACUUGCGAGUGCAAGGGUCCAGAGCGACGAGUGAGCUUCAAUGGUUAAAGUUUUCGCUUAGAUAAACCUUAAUCGAGGAGGUGAGUGGACGGUUGAUGAGAUGAAAUGGCAGUAUUCGUAUGGAACUAUGUGAAAUAGGAUUGCUUGUGCAGGUAGUGACAAGUAC